UGUGACAGUGGCUUUACGACCAGUGAUACGAACCAGUGCAGAAUGUAAUGCAGUUACUCGUCAUCUUGGUAUAGGUUAGAACAUGAAGAAUCUUUACUUUUUCUUUGAAAUAAUCCUUUGGAUAAUUUACAAUUUAUGCUUAAAGAAAACUGUGACGGCAGAAAUUCUCGUUUAUGACGGACACGCAAUGGAGAUGCAGGAAACGAAUGAUGGAUUCAGAAAUAGCAUUCCGUGCCGACCCCGUCUACAUCGCAUCUGUCACCGUCAACUACCAUGGCCAAAGCCCAAGAGAGAGCCAAAGCCCAAGAGUGAGCCAAAGCCCAAGAGAGAGCCAAAGCCCAAGAAAGAUACCACUAAACCCACAAGAGAAGCCGGUCUACUGAAUCACCACAAAAACAUAACUAAUGUUCGACACACAGUAUGAACUUAUCUCGUAUGCUAUAUGUCAUAGGAUGUAUUCAUAAAUUCCUUACACAUAUUUUAGUCGUAUAGGACAUAUAACUGAUAAUUUUGAGUUACAAUGAGUUUUGGUGGUUGUGGUGAAAUGUUUGCAUUUCAAUUAAAAUAGUUCACAACUGUUGUUUA